AUGGGGGCUGGUGCCUCGGCUGCCAGAGGCAACGGAGCUGGCAGGCAGGGUCCCUGGGCAAUUACGGACAACAGCAUAGCUGGCGACACGUUCGUCUUUGCUGUCAAGCAGCACGUUCAGUGCACUUUCGAGGGGCUGGGGUCCCUACAUGGGUGCCGCCAUGAGGAUUACCGUCGGCAAGGGGGCAAGGGCGCCAUCAAUGGCCUCCACUCGGACUGGGUCACAGAGGACGUGCUGGCAAUGGCCCGCCCGUCGGACCGCCUAUUGCAGGAGUACGACAUUGUGGGGCAGUUCGAGAAAGCGGGGAUUGCAGGCAUUAUCAAUCUGCAGGAGGUGGGUGAGCAUGCCGGGUGUGGCGACGGCAUCCUCCCCGGAAGCGGCUUUUCAUACACACCGGAAAAGUUCAUGGCCCACGGAAUAUUUCAUUACAACUUCUCCUGGCGGGACAUGGGCUGCCCUGCGCUGGACUACACGCUCAACAUCGUCCAAGUAGUUGCCUUCACGAUCGAUGCGGGACGCAAGAUUGCGGUCCAUUGCCAUGCGGGCCUGGGUCGCACAGGGCUCGUGAUUGCGUGCUACCUGGUGUUUACGGACAAGUUCUUGCCGGCGGAGGCCGUAGCUGAGGUGCGGAGGCGCCGCCCCGGCUCCCUCCAGACACGUGCCCAAGUUGAGCACGUGACCAAGUUCGCAAACUACCUCGCACUCCUGAGGACCGUCUUUCCUCCUUCCAACCAUAAGAAACACCCCGCGGCCUCGCUGCUAACCCUGAUCGCUAAUCAGCGCCGGUUACUGCACGGCGAGAUCGGCGUUAGGCUUCGUUACGUGCCCCGGUUAGUAGACGAAGUUAGCCGGGAAUUACGAGACCGAGCAAAGAGCGAAGACGGCUCACGAGCGGCGUCGAGUGUUCUGCAAGAUACGGAAGAAACAGGGUUAAGGGGUCGGUUAGGAGGCGAAGACCAGCGCCAAAUAGAGGUGGUUAAGCAGCAGAUUAAUGGUGGGCAGUGGGCGGGUUUGGCGAGGUUGGGGCCUGCGGCGCUUGCACAAUUGCUCCUGAACUGGCUGCGGACUCUGGAGGAGUGCAUGAUACCAACCGAAGUCCUGCACAACACUCUCGCAGCCAACUCCGUAUCCGAAGCAGCAUCCCGGUUGCAAGCUGCCGGCAAGGUGGCGUUCCGGACGCUCCGGACGCUCGCGCAGCUCAUGCUGGACGUCUCUAGAGGCGACCGGACGCUGGAGACGCGGCUCGCGCAGCGGCUCGCCUGGGAGGUUCUGCGGCCGGUUCCUCCGGUGAUUUCGGGCGACGGUCCAUCUGCGGAUCCCCUGGAGUGGUCGCCCCAGUUGGGUCGCAUCCUAGUCGCCACUCUUGAAGUUGAGCAACCCUUCUCGCCGGCGGCCAGCACCCCUUUCGGAACAGCCUACAUGUCGCCGUUUCUCCAAGACACGUCUUCCAGGGGGUCAGAAAGCCGUGUAGAACAGUCUACCGUCAAGGCCAGAUCGGCCCCCGAGAGGACAGCAGACAUCCAGCCGGGUUGUGUUAACACAGGUACUCCUCCAGAAGCAGGUUUAGCGUCUAAAGGUUAUCCGUUAGAUGGGGCCAGUGGCGGAUCAGCGGGAAACGAUCGUGGGUAUAACGGAGCUCCGGGGGGACUGCACGUGAGCGGAGGGCGCGGAUUGGACGGAAAGCAAGCAGGGCACGUGGAAAGCCAUCCGCGCGCCCAAAAAGGGGAGGUCGUUUUGAACGGUGGUGCUGCGUUGCCCAUGAUUCGGACACAGCAGCGGACCUGA